AUGGUAAUUGGAACAGUUGAUAAAAAAACUACAAAAGUACUCGAAAAGCGAUGGAAGCGUAAAAAUAAAACAGAAGAACAUAAGAUUAGUCAUGAUGAUGAAUACAAAAAAUGUGAAGCAAACAGACCAUACCAAUUAGUUCCAGCUACUCUAGGAGAAGAGGCUUCAAGCAGCAAUUCCUCAGAAGAAAACGCUAUUAAACCAGAAGAUAGGCUCGAUAGUCUCAAUACUCCUUCAACUUCUCAGAUGAGAAUAAAACUACCAAGUGUAGCACUGGCAUGUGACAGAACGGGUGUUUAG